GGAGAGACACGGAUCAUUUGACUAAAGCGGGAGGCGGAGGAGACACCAUCAUCAUCAUCAUCAUCAUCAUCAUCAUCAUCACUCACCCCCCCACACACCGUGAUCCGUGACGUCAGCACGCAGGGCGGCUAUAAGAGCCGGUCUGACGGGACAGACCCAGAAGAUCCGCCGACCCGUAGACCGACAGACCGACAGACCGACAGACAGGUGAUGAAGAUGAUCUCCUCCUCACGCCUCCGCUGCCUCCUCCUGCUCCUCCUCUCCAUCACCGCCUCCAUCAGCUACUCCUCAGCCGCUCAGAGAGACUCCAAACUCCGCCUGCUGCUGCACCGGACCCCGCUGCUGGGCUCCAAACAGGACCUGACCCGGUCCUCCCUGGCGGAGCUGCUCCUGUCGGACCUCUUCAGGUGGAGAAGAGGCUCUGGAGGAGGAGAACUUCCCUUGGCUGAGGAGAAACCCGAAGACAUCCAUGUGGAUCUGGAGCGAGCCGCCGCCGGCGGCAGUGGUCCACGUGCUCGCCCCCCGAGAGAGGAAGCCGGCUGCAAGAACUUCUUCUGGAAGACCUUCACCCCUGAUGAGAUCCUCCUCACUUCAUCCCACCUCCCUCGUCCUCCUCGUCUUCAUCAGACGCGGUACAGAAACUGUCCCGACCGUCCACGAUCAGUUUGGAUGAAUGUUUGA